UCUCCUAGUUUCUAUUUGGAUCUUUUCACUUCUACUCUCAAUGCCUAUAAUUUUGUAUUCGAAAAGAAUGCCCCAUCCUCACAUGAAAGGAAAAGAUUCCUGUAUGUUGGAUUGGCAGGACGUGAGAGAAGUUCCAAUAUAUAUCAUUUAUAUCUUUGUUCUCGGGUUUGCGAUUCCACUAUGUUUUAUAUCCACAUUUUAUACCUGUGUAAUUAUUCAUAUGAAAAGCGCCGGACCAGCAAAACGACAGAGAUCAAAGGAACAGCUCAGAUAUCAUAGAAAAAUCACAUACCUUGUUUUGGCCAUCAUCUUGUCGUAUAUCAUUUGCUGGUUACCUUAUUGGAUUUUCCAGAUAGUUUUUGUCGUGUUCUUUAUGUCAAAAACUGUCGCAAACACAGUAGUGAUUUUACACAUAUGUACAGUCUUAAUGUACUCUAACAGUAUGGUCAAUCCUUUUUUGUAUGCAUUUAUCAACAAAGACUUUCGAUAUAGAUUUAGAGAGGUGUUUCAGUCACAGUGCCUUGUGAAGAAAUGUAGCGGAACUACCUCUACGAAGGACAAUGGCAAUUCAAUGGAACUUGAUUCGUUGCAAAGACAUGCUUGUAAUGAUAUUGAGGAAAAACAGAAUUAGCAAAAUAAAUAACACUGACAAAAAUAGAGGCAAAUUAAAAAAAAUGUAUGUAAAAAGUCAGGGGAAUGGAGAAAUAGCACUAAAUUAAUGAAGAAUAAAAAGAGAGAAUUUUCUGAUUAAUCUGCCUUAACAUCUGUUGUUUCAGUUUGACUGAAACUUGAUGAUUGUGGAUUUGAUUUAUUGGAACUAAAUUGCUUAUUUUUGAGGUAUGUUGCCAAUAUUUAUGUAAUGCAAUACAGAAGUGUUUUGUAUAGGAAAUCAGAUAGGGUUAACAUAAUA